CUAAUCAUGUCCUUUUGGGUUGGCUACAUGGCUAUUUCUGUAUAGGAAGGUUUGCUCUUCUCCUGAAGUGUGGCUGUAUUGGAUAGCAUGACUAUCUAUCCGCCCGCUCUGAUUCAUAACAGCAUACGGUGCAAAUCAAAUCGAAAUGCUAAAGUUUCCCAUUUAUUUGGUGUUGGUUAACCAGGAGGCUACCAGCAGCCCUGAAAAUAGCAACACCUUGUUAGGAAGUCAGCUCCCUUCCCAGGAUGUUGGAACCAUUAAACGAGGGUUUUCUUUCUAGACUCUCUGAUCUGCUGCUGUGCAGAUGGACCUGCCGGCACUGCUGUCAGAAGUGCUACGAGUCCAGCUGUUGCCAGUCAAGUGAGGAUGAAGUUGAAAUUCUGGGACCUUUCCCUGCUCAGACCCCUCCCUGGCUGAUAGCCAGCCGGAGCAGUGACAAGGAUGGUGACUCUGUCCACACGGCCAGCGAAGUCCCGCUGACCCCACGGACCAACUCCCCGGAUGGAAGACGCUCGUCCUCAGACACAUCCAAGUCCACAUACAGCCUGACGCGGAGGAUUUCGAGUCUUGAGUCCAGACGUCCCAGCUCUCCGCUCAUCGAUAUUAAACCCAUCGAGUUUGGCGUUUUCAGCGCCAAGAAGGAGCCCAUCCAGCCUUCGGUGCUCAGACGGACCUAUACCCCCGACGACUAUUUCAGGAAAUUCGAACCCCAUCUGUACUCCCUCGACUCCAGCAGUGACGACGUGGACUCUCUGACAGACGAGGAGAUCCUGUCCAAGUACCAGCUGGGCAUGCUGCACUUUAGCACUCAGUACGACCUGCUGCACAACCACCUCACCGUGCGUGUGAUCGAGGCCAGAGACCUGCCACCUCCCAUCUCCCAUGACGGCUCGCGUCAGGACAUGGCACACUCCAACCCCUACGUCAAGAUCUGUCUCCUGCCAGAUCAGAAGAACUCAAAGCAGACCGGGGUCAAACGCAAGACCCAGAAACCCGUGUUUGAGGAGCGCUACACCUUUGAGAUCCCCUUUCUGGAGGCCCAGAGGAGGACCCUGCUCCUGACCGUGGUGGAUUUUGAUAAGUUCUCCCGCCACUGUGUCAUUGGGAAAGUUUCCGUGCCUUUGUGUGAAGUUGACCUGGUCAAGGGCGGGCACUGGUGGAAGGCGCUGAUUCCCAGUUCUCAGAAUGAAGUGGAGCUGGGGGAGCUGCUUCUGUCACUGAAUUAUCUCCCAAGUGCUGGCAGACUGAAUGUUGAUGUCAUUCGAGCCAAGCAACUUCUUCAGACAGAUGUGAGCCAAGGUUCAGACCCCUUUGUGAAAAUCCAGCUGGUGCAUGGACUCAAACUUGUGAAAACCAAGAAGACAUCCUUCUUAAGAGGCACAAUUGAUCCUUUCUACAAUGAAUCCUUCAGCUUCAAAGUUCCCCAAGAAGAACUGGAAAAUGCCAGCCUAGUGUUUACAGUUUUUGGCCACAACAUGAAGAGCAGCAAUGACUUCAUCGGGAGGAUCGUCAUUGGCCAGUACUCUUCAGGGCCCUCUGAGUCCAACCACUGGAGGCGCAUGCUCAACACGCACCGCACAGCUGUGGAGCAGUGGCACAGCCUGAGGUCUCGAGCUGAGUGUGACCGCGUGUCUCCUGCCUCCCUGGAGGUGACCUGAGGGCUGCAGGGAAGGCAGCUUUCAUUCGUUU